AUGUCGAUAGUGUGUGUACCGCACAAUUAUGCGGUAAUUCGUUUGGAAGAAGGUAGUGAAGUAAAGAUUGUGAAGAAACGUCAAUUAAGGAUGAACGCUUUUGCUAAUGGUGCAACGUGCAAAUUGAUUGUUCAUGAUGGUUGUCCAAGGAAUGCCAAGAUUGUGAGGACAUUUACGACAAGUUCGGACGCAAAAACAUAUCUGAACAACAUAAAUACUGCCAAACAGGUGAGAAGCUUGAAAUUAUUUAGCUUUUUAAUGUUUAGGCGUGGGUUUUGAGGCAAUGAACUUUGGAAAAUCUUGGAAAUUAGUUAUUUUUACUUUUUCGGAUAGGAAAUAAGAUUUUGAUACAGAAACGUGAAUAUCUUUUCGUAAAAAAGCUUAAACAUGUUCUUCAACAUCUUUUUCAACUUAAUAAAACAUAUUUUAGUCAUGGGGAUUCACAACAACAACGAGAGUAGUUGAAAAGCCUCCGACGAUUUCUUCUGAAGCGUCUACUUCAGCACCAAAUCGAACCAACAUUUGCCAAUCUAAAGGUCUUUCCGAGUCGAUUAUAUGUACAAAUAUGGAUAACCUAGUCAAAGUAGUUCAUAAUCGACAAGUUCCGGUCCUUAUUAAAGAAAGAAAGCGAAGUAAUACGAAAAUGACCCAAGAUUUUAGCGAAAAUCUUCAAAAACUCUUGGGAAGAGAUACAAAAGAAGAUGAAAAAGAAGUUAAAGUUAGAAGGAAAAGUAAUCCGCCAAAGAAGAAGGUUGUUAAAGGUAAAUUUUGAUUUUGGUUUUUUUUUAUUUUAGGUAUUAUAUAUGCGGAUAUUAUGAUAUAAGAGUAUGUGGGAUGGCUUUGAUUGUAACUUUUUUUUAAAGGAUAGUUAGGCACUUGAAAAUUUUAUUGUUUGUAGAUUACUCUUUUUGCUAACUAGGCCAAAGAAGGGAUUUUUAAAAUUUUGCGUAAUUUCUAUGGUACUGUCGAUUUACUCAACCCGGUUGCAACCCUACUUUACUAAAAUUUAAAUUUUUUAAAAUUACUUCGAUGUUUUUCACAGUUUUGAUGUUACUUUGUAUUAAUUUUAGCGAAAACACCAGAAAAAGUAGUCCAGCCACGACGUGAAAUGACAUACGAUUUGAGUGGAUUGACAGAAUUGGAUUCAGGACUAUCUGAAGCUUCGAACCCUUCGAAUUCGUCGCCUGAUUGGGUUUCAGACAAUUCUAAUGGUAUGUUUAGUGAAAAAUGAAGAUAAAAGAACAUAUUUUGCGCAUUUUCAAUAUUUUUUUACAUUAUAACUAACAUUUUUUACUAAUUUUAAAAGAAAAUAUUAAAAAUGUGAAAACAAUGCUAUUUUAGAUGAAACUCCAAACUACGAACGAAAAGAACAUCCAUCAUUUAGUUCGAGUGAUAUUUGUUCAAUGUCGAUGGCUUUAUUACCUAAAAUCCUUUCAACAAUCGAAAAACAAGGGAGAAUAGUGGAAGAUCUUCGCUCUGAACAUGAUGGACUUCAAAAGUCUGUAGCGGAUGUUGUGGACUUGUUUGGAGAGCUGGAACAGUCUGGAUUGAUCAACAAGAAAAAUACGGAUAGGCUUGAUUAUAGUGGUAAGGAGUUAGUUGUUUUUUCUUGAUUUUUAGGUAAUAAAGGGCAAAAAUUAUAAUUUAGCAUGAAGAUAUUAGUCUAAUUUAUGUUGAACAUGCUAUAACUUUUGUUAUAAUGAAUCUAGUAGCUUAGACAGUUGUUAUUAUUAUAUCUAAUACAUUUUUGCAACUAACUAUCAAUGGUUUUAAAGCUUUUUCUAUGUUUUAUCUAAUAAAAAACGACAUUUCAGCAGUAGAUCUUGGAAUAACAAAGCACAAACUGGACUCUUUGUACAUGAACGCAAGCCACAAUCCUCUAGGCUUCUUCCAGCUAGUAUGUAGAUAUGUUUUUGAGGAAGAAAAGGAUGUGGAUUGGUCCGACAGGUCAGAAGAACGGAAAUCAGCGGUCGAAAGCAUCUUGAACCACUACUUCCCAUCUACUGCGCCAUCAGAACGCUUUGAGCGAUUUGUGAAAAAACUUUUUCGACGAACAGUGACAAUUUGA